AUGAAUGUUGAUGCUGGGACUAUGGCGCCUACAGAACACGGGGAAGUCUUUGUACUCGAUGACGGCGGAGAAGUCGACCUCGACCUCGGAAACUACGAGCGCUACCUAAACAUCACACUCACUCGUGAGAACAACAUCACCACCGGCAAGAUCUACCAACACGUCAUUGAGCGCGAGCGUCGCGGUGACUACCUCGGAAAGACCGUCCAAGUCGUCCCUCACUUGACCGACGCGAUUCAAGACUGGAUCGAGCGUGUGGCACGUAUCCCCGUCGAUGAUACCAAUGAGGCGCCAGAUGUGUGCAUUAUCGAAUUGGGAGGUACGGUGGGAGAUAUCGAGAGUGCACCGUUUAUCGAGGCCAUGAGACAAUUGAAAAGAAGAGCAGGAAAGAACAAUUUCUUGCAGGUCCAUGUUUCGCUUAUUCCUGUUAUUCAGGGAGAGCAGAAAACUAAGCCCACUCAACAAGCUAUUCGCGAUGUUGGACGGGCUGGCUUGGUGCCGGAUUUGAUUGCUUGCAGAUGUGAUAUCCCACUAGAGAAGGGAACGAUCGAUAAGAUCGCCAUGUUCUGCCAAGUCGAACCCGAGCAGGUCGUUGCCGUCCACAAUGUUUCAUCGACAUACCACGUUCCCCUCCUCCUCGAGAAGCAAGGUCUGGUUGAGACUAUCCGAAAUAUCCUCAAGUUGGACGAUAUUCCCAAGGCAAAAAGCUUGGUUGACAGAGGACAGCGAACAUGGACUGAAUGGAAGAAUCUCACCUCGCAGCAAGACCGACUUUUCGACACUGUAUCCAUCGUCCUGGUCGGCAAAUACACGAACCUCCACGACAGCUACCUUUCCGUCAUCAAGUCACUGGAACACAGUGCCAUGCGCUGUGGCAAGAAACUCAACCUUGUCUGGGUUGAUGCUUCCAAUCUCGAGGAGCAAGCCCGCACCGACGACCCCGCGGCAUUCCAUAAAGCCUGGCACAACGUUUGCACCGCCAAUGGUAUUCUGGUUCCCGGAGGGUUCGGCCAGCGCGGUACAGAGGGUAUGAUCGCCGCUGCAAAGUGGGCACGUACAAACAAGACCCCAUACCUGGGUAUCUGUCUGGGUAUGCAAAUUGCCGUCAUCGAGUUCGCCCGUAAUGUUUGUGGCAUUACCGGCGCCAGUUCCGUCGAACUCAACGAGCAAUGUUCCGACCCACUCGUCAUCUUCAUGCCCGAAAUUGACAAGACCAACCUCGGCGGAACUAUGCGUCUCGGUCUCCGCCCGACGCUCUUCCAACCGGGAAGCGAAUGGUCUCGUCUUCGCCAGCUGUAUGGCGAGAAGCUCGAGAUCCAAGAGCGUCAUCGCCACAGAUACGAAGUCAACCCCGAGUACAUCGACCGCCUCGCUGAAGCAGGCCUCAACUUCAUCGGCAAGGAUGACAAGGGCGUCCGUAUGGAGAUCAUCGAACUCAAGGACCAUCCCUGGUAUGUCGGCGUGCAGUUCCAUCCAGAGUACUUGAGCAGAGUCCUGGACCCAAGUAAGCCGUACUUGGGCUUCGUGGCUGCUGCUGCCGGGUGUCUGGAGAAGGUCACGGAGGAUAUGGGAAAGAGCGCUGCACUUGUGAAUGGAAGCGCGGAGGCGAGCUUGGUUAAUGGCCUCAAUGGCGUCCGGAUUUAA